AUGGAAGAAAAGCCUACGCUGGUCUAUGGCAAGCAGCCUCCUUUCUUCAGUGAUCCUCAUGGCGAUUUGACCAUGCAGUAUGAUCCUGCCAAGGACGAGGUCCUGCCACAAGGGGGUCCGGAACAAACUGAGCUGGACCGUUUGGUCAUUGGCAUGUUGAAUCCUGACUUUAAGAGUCGGAUUGGCACACCUGAGAUCUUGCAGCGCUUGAUGGGAUACAUGCAAACCAUGCCAGACUUCACUAGCGAGGUCAUUGAGAUGGUGAGCCUCACACCACAGGCGCGUGGAGAGGAGCCCUUGCCCAAAUGCCUUUGGAAUUGGGACCGGCCCCUGCGGGACAUCGGCGACCAGAAGUUCACUCGAGAAGAUUGCGGCGACGAUUCGACGGAACGUGAGACGAAGGAGAAGGACUCGUCCAAUAAGGCUUGCCAAUGCCAUGUGCUGCGCAAGGGGCAGAUUGUCCAAGAGCACUUCAAUGCACCAGAAUGCCUUUGA